UACCACUUUGGGUAUUUUAUUAGUGGCGUAAAUACUUAAAAUUAAAAUAAUAUUCCUAUCUUAAGAUAAACUUAGAAGGGGACAGUCAAUAGACAUUCGGGAAUGAUCGUGACCUGAGAUAAAAUUCAGGAAUGCCUUUGAAGGCUGGGAGGGGUAAGAAUGAUCCAGGAAACACGGUGACUGAGUGGAGGCAGAGCCGGAGACGAAAGGACUGCGCUCAGUCAAGUGUAUUUCUUCCUGAAUUAUUAAAAUUCCUGAAUGAUCUAUAAAGGCUGCCCUCUUCUAAGAUGAGGACAUAUCGUAUUUUGGCUUUGACGGUAUCGUUAUACCUUUUGGACUGCUAGUUACUAUGUAAACGAAACCUAUGUAUAUUUUCCAACAGACCGUAUUAAAUUUCCACGUGCAUCAAAAGAGAAUCUUGUUCAUUUGACUUGAUCAGCUGGGCGCACAACAACAAGGCCCAAGAACCGGCGCGUUAACGAACGUUACAUUAUUUUCCCGUAAAGUCUAACUGACGAAGAUUGAGACUUAACAAUAUGUGGCCGGGAGAAAACUUCCAGUUUAUGUAUUAUGAUGAAAAAAUCAUUAAUAGGAAACAUUUUCUCCAUUCCAGCCAUUCUGAUUGUCUGUGAUAUGCUGUGUGCUCAUAUAUGUGCUCAUAUAUUUGGGGAAAAUAUAUAUAUAUAUAACAGAAGUAUCAGCACAAAAUUGAAAGAAAACUGAAUACAUUUCAGAGCCUUUGUGAUGCUUUUGCCAAAAAAAUGAACAGUUGCAUGAAAUCCUCUGAUUACCAUAUAAAAAACUCACAGAUUCAAAGUUACAUACAAGUACAUGUAUGUAAAUCUGUAAUGGUCAUCAAUUUACAGGGAGUCCAACCCCAACGCCUGAAGAAGGAUGUGUUACAGCAGUUACCUGCUAAGAGACGGCAGAUGAUAGUGUUGGACCCAGAGCUUGUGAAGAUUGACAAGAAUCUCAAGUCUUCUGCAAAGUUGCUGGAUUCAAACAAAAUCAAGGGGUCUGACCGCCAUGGUUUUUUAUUGACAUAUUUCCAUGACACAGGACAGGCAAAAGUGAAGGCUGUCAGGGAUUAUGUGAUAGACUUACUAGAAAGCGGCCACAAGUUUUUGGUGUUUGCCCAUCACAAAGAGGUGCUGGAUGCCUUAGAAGAGGCAGUGAGGAAGGAGAGGUAUGGCUACAUCAGAAUUGAUGGGAAGACUAACCCAGAGCAGCGUAACUUUUUCUGCCAAAAGUUCCAGACCCGUGAUGAUGUCAUGGUCGCCAUAUUGUCCAUCACUGCCGCCAAUGCAGGUCUCAACCUCACCAGUGCUGCCCUGGUGGUGUUUGCUGAACUCUUCUGGAAUCCAGGGAUUCUGGUUCAGGCAGAAGAUCGCUGUCAUCGUAUUGGACAGCAGGACUCGGUCAACAUUCACUAUCUGGUGGCACGGAAGACGGCAGAUGAUUAUAUUUGGCCUCUAGUACAGAAGAAGCUGUCAGUGCUGGGCAAGGUUGGUCUGAGCAAGGAGGACUUUUCUGAGGCUGACACUACAGUACUUAAGGACAAGAAACAGAAAGAUAUCCUCUCCUAUUUUGAACAAUCUUUCAUGGAGGAAAGUGACAUUUCAGAGGUUCAAGACAAUGUUACUGCCCACAACCUAACCGCGGCAUCUUCAUCCAAUCAAAAAUCUGAACAUUCUGGAGGUCAAAGAAGCAUGCUACAGUUUGUAUCAAAUGGCAGCAAGGAGAGCACUGCAAAGGGGGAACAGCUGGCAGCAGAGAGGCUGAAGGAGGAAGGCAAUGUGAUGAGUGUGGAAGAAGAGCUAACUGGUGACUGGCUGGAUGAACUUGACGAAGAAUGGGAGGAACCUGCAGAGAAAAAAGUGAAAAUAGCUCACAGCGAAAGGUGAACAACUGGCAGCCUAAGGACAGAACCAGGAAGUAGGGCAGAUGGGUCUUGAAAAUAUCACAUUAAUGAUGCAGUGUAAUUAAGGAGGCUGGCAACAUAUCUGUAUGUUAACUUAAAGAUAACAGGGGCCUUUGGAGUAUACAAGGAGGGCAGAGAUCUGAGCACCAACUUUAUCAUGGAAUGGGUUUCCUUGUCUCCUCUGGA